UCGCAGUUUGUUUAUUCUCCUCGUGGUUUGUGAAGUGAUCGAGCCAGAACGUGCCCAGCCCGAAAGGUGUUGGUUGUUCCGUUCUUUCUUUAAUGUGUGGAAGUGUACGCGCUAUGUUCUUCUUGCAACGCUGCUGCCGACCCACCGGAAUCCCAAAGAUCCAGUUGUGUGGGGUAGUCCCUCCUCAUCGAAAGGCCAACAGAACAUGAACAAUGAUGAAUGAAGAGGAAAGAGCAGUAACGGAUAGGAAGCAGCUUUCCGCCCUGCCGAUGUUAAUGAUUUUUUUUUACCAAAAACUUCAUCACGGCGAAUGAGUAUCCGAUCGAUCGUGUGUUUAUGACCCCCUGUACAACCGUGGCAACCUGUCGGGACGAGUUAACACGUGUACCAGGCUCAUCGAGCCCCUCCGUAACGCUUCGGUUGAUCGGGCGAAGCGCGAAUACCACGACGCAUAUAAAACACAGCGGAUCGUUUCCGCGGAGCCUCGCGGGGAUUGCGGGAACGGACGGGAAGAACUGUGCGUUCUCCAUUCCGGAAGUGGGUUGCUUUUUCACUCGGUUCUGCCUAUAGCCACCAUUCAGACGGCGAUCAUUUCGGAGCGUUAUUCUGUGCGAUUCCAAUCUUCUACUACUUCCAUACCUUCCGGCUUGUUAUUGGCUAUCAUACUCAUACAUGCGAACAGUCACCGAAAGUUACCCCUAUCGCAGCAAAAGUAAAGCGAGGGAGGAGAGUGCAGGCAUUCAUCAUAUCCCGCAUAUGGCGAUAGCUUCCGGUAGGCGUGAUUCGCGCAGUAAUGCUUGCCUGGCAUUAUGUGUACACGCGUACGUGAACGAGCAGGGGCGCAUGCGCACACAGCUUGGGCUCGAGUUUCGACUGAGAGUGAAGUCGCGAUUGCGCUGCGACGAUAAUGUUUCUGGUAAAGUGUUGUGAUCGUAUGGAGAUUUUUGUCUCAAGAUAUUUGUUGUGCCUUGUCAGCGUCAUCGGCAGCAGUGAGUGUAUAAUGUGCGCGCAUUGACGUGCUUUCAGUGAACAACGACUUAGCUGCUUGUGCUGUGUGAUUUCUAGACGGCGUUUUUGUCAUCGAUUUAUCGUCCCCAGUGAGCGUGUGUGUUUAUGGUGCGUUAAGAAUGAGCAGUGCGUGUAACCAUAGGCAACUCGGAAUCAAAUCAGCAAACAGUGCGUAUUUUGGAAAGAGCGAAAGAAAUUCACACGCAACAGCUUGAGCAGUGAUGUUCCUCAUGAAAGAGCCCAUAGAAAGAGUCAACACAAGUGUUCCGCCGUGCAUACGAUAGAUUUUAGAGACAAGUGUCGAACGGGAUAGUGAAUAAGCAGAAACAGAACCGUCUCCCUGCUAGCCAUGGGGCUCGCAUCGUCGAAAGCAGUUAACAGCAUUGCCAGUGGCGGUGGGGGCGGCGUAGCUGAUGUGGGAUCCGGCUUAAGUGGGGGCAUGAUGCUGGGAAAUGGUCGUGGUCACGGCGGUAAAGAUGGUGUCAUUGUCGAUGCUGCAACCUAUCCAGACAUUCGGCAACAACCGUGCUCCAUUCUUCCAUCGCCAUCCGGCAGCAGCAGUAUCGACACGUGGAAGUCCAGUUGCCACGUCCGGCAAGCAAGCAUUCGAUCCCGAAACUUGCAACCCAUGCCGGACACGGGAGAGCUCGAUCGACGCUUUGCGAAAGUUUUGGCUUCAAUGGAUCUACCGGCAGAUAAGGCAAAGCUGUUAAAAAACUACGAUAACGAGAAAAAAUGGGACAUCAUUUGCGACCAGGAAAUGGUGCAAGCUAAAGAUCCCCCAUCCCACUAUCUUACGAAGCUGCGCACCUACCUGGACCCUAAAGCGUCUCGCAGUCAUAGGAAACGAAAGAUGGUUGGCGAAUCAACAUCGACACAGGUGUUACGCGAUCUUGAAAUUUCGUUACGGACGAACCAUAUCGAAUGGGUGAAGGAGUUUCUUGACGAUGAGAACCAAGGGUUGGACGCUCUGAUCGAUUAUCUCAGCUUCCGAUUGGCGAUGAUGCGCCACGAGCAGCGCAUUCAGGAGGCAAAGUCUGAGUCGGACGAAGGUCUCAAUCCUAAGGACGCAACAUCAACGGGCAACAACAAUUCGUUCGGUAGCAACGAGACUAACCAUAAGCUUAUCCCGAAUGGGUUCAUGCGACCCGGACUCGGAGAUAUGAUGGAUAGUCCGAGCAUCAAGCGACGUUCGCGGCACAUUGCCAAGCUCAACAUGGGCCUAACAACGGACGACAUCCACGUAUGCAUCAUGUGUAUGCGAGCCAUCAUGAACAAUAAGUAUGGCUUCAAUAUGGUGAUCCAGCACCGCGAAGCCAUCAACUGCAUAGCCCUUAGCUUGAUCCACAAAUCGCUCCGCACGAAAGCACUUGUGCUGGAGCUGCUGGCCGCCAUCUGUCUGGUGAAGGGGGGCCACGAGAUCAUCCUGUGUGCGUUCGAUAACUUUAAGAAAGUUUGCUCGGAGCAACGCCGCUUUCAGACGCUGAUGGAGUACUUUAUGAAUUAUGAGCUGUUCAAUAUCGAUUUUAUGGUUGCGUGCAUGCAGUUCGUCAACAUUGUCGUUCACUCUGUAGAGGAUAUGAACUAUCGCGUGCACCUACAGUACGAGUUUACCGCGCUCGGAUUGGAUGAGUAUCUCGAGAAGCUUCGAUUGACCGAAUCAGAGGAGCUACAGGUACAGAUCUCUGCCUAUCUGGACAAUGUGUUCGAUGUAGCCGCCUUGAUGGAGGACAGUGAAACGAAAACGGCUGCCUUGGAAAGGGUGAACGAGCUGGAGGAUGAGCUGGGCCGUGCACUGGAUCAAGCAAGCGAGAUCGAACGAGAAGCACUGUUCAAGAUCGGAGAGCUAGAAACCGAACUAAGUCGAACGCGCAGUGAACGGGACGAGCUAUACAAUAAGCAGCUUGCAGUAGAGGAUGAGAUCGCAAAGCUGAAGCGAGCGCUUAAGCAGCACGAACAGGAAUCGCAGAGCCGACAGUCGAUGCUGCUGGAGUUCGAAAAUCUGACCAAAACCCUGCCUAAAGGUACGUCGAUCGCGGACGUAUCGAAUUUGCUCGCCAAGGGAGGCCUUUCCGAGCUCAGUCCUACUGGCGGCAGUGGUGGCGGUGUAAGUGGUGCUAGUCAGGAAGCGCCCCCGAUUCCUCCACCGCCAGCACCUCCUGCUGCUCCGAUGCCACCGCCACCACCAUGUCCACCGGCACCACCCAGUGGCAGUGAACCACCGAAAGCUCCUCCCAAACCACCGACAUUCAUUCCGGCGCCACCACCAUUCAUGGCUGGAGGAGGCCACAAUACAGCCAUUCACUGUACUGACGGAGCGAUGACGAUCAAGCGUAAGGUGCAGCCGAAAUAUAAGCUACCGACACUGAACUGGGUAGCGCUAAAACCGAAUCAGGUUCGUGGUACAAUUUUCAACGAACUGGACGACGAGAAGCUCCACCGGCAGAUCGAUUUCGUGGACUUUGAGGAACGUUUCAAGAUCGGUAUGGGUGGUCCGGUCAGCAACGGCAACUGUGAUAUGGACGGAUUGUCCACUUUCCCCAGCAAACGAUUCAAGAAACCAGAACACAUUUCCUUGCUCGAGCAUACGAGAUUGAGAAACAUUGCAAUAUCUCGCAGAAAGUUGGAAAUGCCAGCCGAAACGGUCAUUAAGGCGAUCAACAAUCUUGAUCUCAAGCUGCUGUCGCUCGAGAAUGUUGAACUGUUGCAGAAGAUUACACCGACCGAUCAGGAACAGAAGCUGUACAAAGAAUAUGUGAUAGAUAAGAAAGAUCUGAAUCAGUUAACCGAGGAGGACAAGUUUAUGUUACAACUAACGAAGGUGGAGCGUAUCUCCUCGAAGCUUUCGAUCAUGAAUUAUAUUGGGAACUUUUUCGACAGCUUGCAUCUGAUCAGUCCGCAAGUGUACUCUAUCAUCUCCGCAUCGUCCUCAAUAAAAUCGUCGAAAAAGUUCCGAGCCGUGCUUGAGGUGAUCCUAGCCUUUGGAAACUAUUUGAAUAGUAGCAAAAGAGGACCAGCUUACGGCUUUAAGCUUCAGUCCCUCGACACGUUGCUUGACACCAAAUCCAACGACAAACGGAUGAGCCUGAUGCAUUACAUUGUCGCCACCAUACGCCAAAAGUUCCCGGAGCUGAUGAACUUCGAUACGGAGUUGUUCUGUACCGAUAAAGCCGCUCAGGUGUCACUUGAAAUGCUCAUCUCGGAUGUAAACGAGCUCGAGAAGGGCAUGGAGGCGGUGCGAAAGGAGGCCGAUUUGCGAGGCAAAGGCGUCCAGAGCCAUGUGCUGCGCGACUUUUUGGGAAAUUCGGAAGAGAAGUUGAAGAAAAUUAAAUCGGAAUGUAAAACUGCACAGGAAUCAUUCAAGGAAUGCAUUGAAUACUUUGGAGAAUCGUCCAGAAAUGCAGAUGCAAAUGCUUUCUUCUCGUUACUAGUCCGUUUUGUACGAGCUUUUAAGACAUGUGAUCAGGAAAAUGAACAACGACGCCGACUGGAAGCUGCAGCACUGCAGGCAUCGGCCAAAAGGGACGAGGAAGAGCAAGUCGUGAUGCGAAACAACAAAAUCAACAGUCAAAAGAAACAACAGGAGGCCGUAAUCAACGAACUUAAACUUAAAGCACACGCAGUGCGUGAGAAGAAACUGCUGCAGCAGGAUGAGGUCUACAAUGGAGCUCUGGAAGAUAUAUUGUUGGGUCUGAAGAACGAGCCGUACAGACGCGCUGAUGCUGUGCGCAGAAGUCAACGCCGGCGAAUUGAUAGUAACAGACUUUCUCGAACGAUGGAGGAAGUAGACUUUUGAAGUGAGGCUGUGUAAAAACAGUCAUUCAUAGGUAAUUAUUGUGUAUAUAGUUUUGCACCUACUAAGUUGUACAUUUAUCAGACCCCGUACUGUUUUGUGUAAACCCGUUUUUUUUUUGGAGGAGUUGUUCAGUUAUGCUCACUGUUAUAUAUUGCGCCGUGUCGGACAUUCUGUUGCAAGUUGUAAAUAAUUGAUUUCACAUGCAUAAGUUUUGCGACAAGCCAGCAAAUAAUCAAUGGGGGUUUGCUUUGUUCCUAUGCGGUUAAACAAUGAUACGAGUAUAACCAUAUCGAACAGACUUUAGUUGAGUAUGUGUGUCUUAGUUUUUGAAGUGGAAAUAUCGCGGGAAGGCUAUCAAAGAGUCUCGAAUGAUGAUAAUUUUAAAAGAGAAAGAUUUAAUGUUUCAGUUCCGAAUUCUUUCUCUCUGAUCCAUGACAAUAUACACAUAUACAAAUAAACAUUCCAUCACGAUGGCAUUUUGAAAUGAUUUUAUGUGGGAACAUUAACUGUGCUGUGUGCUGUAUUAAGUAGAAGCACGUUUCUCUAAAGGACCUUUUAAACAAAUAUAUUGAUACAAAUCGCUCGGCUGGAAUGGAUUGACUGCCAAUUAAUCAAACGCACACGUAUAUUCACAACUUUCUGCAUUAUUGCACAACAUUUCUGCUACGGAGAGAACCGUGCACGAAUGAGUAGGAAAUAUCUGUUGCUCGAAAUCGAACGCUCAGUAUGGUAGUAUGACAGAACAGAUCAUUCUGAUGGAUAUUUUCGAAUGUUUACACACCGCACAACACUCUGCACGAGUUUAGUAACUGCUGCUGGUUAAGACAAACCCAACUGAGAGACCAUACAAAUUACAAAACGACCUUGAACGAAUCCAACCUUAAAGACAGUAAAGAUCGAUAAAUGGUCAGGUGCUAUCAAAUUCUAAUACAGAUAAUCGAACAAUUUUGGUAUGUCAUUUAGCUGUUUGUUCAGGGUGAAGUUAGCUACUAUCAGUGCAUGAGCCUCUUUCUUCUAUUGUGUAUCGAACUGUGUAACUAUGCAUCGUUUUGUAAGGGUUUAGAAACUUAUGCAUAAAUAAACUGAAAGU